AUGCAUUUAAUAACCAUUUUAAUAAUUUUAACGAUUGUAACCGUAAAUAAUCGGUAUUUGGCCGUUCUUUUUAAAUAUUUGGAUUUAACCGGUAAUUGCAAAUGUUAUUUUUUGUACUUAAUUACUUUAUUAAAAUUUAAUUUCGCGCCCGUAAAGCCAUUUAAAAAGCUAAAUUUUUCCAUACUAUAUCGGCCGAACAAUUUGCGCGCUAUAAACGUUAAACCGUUAUUUAAAAACGCAUUUAGCGCAAAAUUGCUAGCGUUACGAUAUUAA